AUGACUGCUGAGACUCUCAACUUUGGCCCAGAAUGGCUACGUGCACUGUCCAGUGGGGGGAGUGUGACGUCCCCCCCUCCCUCCCCCGCCAUGCCAAAGUACAAGCUGGCCGAUUACCGCUACGGCCGAGAGGAGAUGUUAGCACUUUAUAUCAAAGACAACAAGGUCCCGGAGGAGAUGCAGGAUAAGGAGUUUGCUGCUGUUCUGCAAGAAGAGCCCAUGCAGCCAUUGGCACUGGUGCCUCUCACUGAGGAGGAGCAGAGGAACUUCUCCAUGUCUGUAAAUAGCGUGGCUGUGCAGCGGCUCUUGGGUCGGCCGGCGGGCGGAGCUUCCCCGGCCGGUGCGGUCCGAGGACGAGGCGCCACACGGGGCAGCAGAGGCCGGGGCCGUGGGGAAGGUGGAUUCUACCAAAGAAGUAUUGAAGAUGCCGAGGUGAGCUUUGGACGAAGUUCCAGAGAGAUACAUCGUAGCCAGAGUUGGGAUGACCGAGGUGAGCGUCGCUUUGAGAAACCGCUCCGGCGGGAGGGGGGCCGUCCCGGCUUCGAAGAGUCUGCAGGUCCUGGGGGCCCUGGAAGGAAGGAGUACACAAGGGCUGACAGCGAUAACUGGCGCACCCUCCGGGAGGAGCAAGAAGGGGAGGAGCCCGAGCCGGGAAGCAACUGGAGAGUCGCCGGACCUCGCAGAGACGACGGCGGUCCCCGCUCAGCAGGCUGGCGGGAUCACGGCUGUCCGGGCGACAGUCGCCGGCGCAAGUUUGAUUUUGAUUUCGGAGGUUCCGAAGCCGGGGGCCCCGGCCGUCGGCGCGCGGGGAGCGACGGGCCUGAAGACGAUAGGGACGGCCUUCCUGAGUGGUGCAUGGAUGAAGAGGAUGGCGGAAUGGGAACGUUUGACUCCUCUGGGGCGUUCAUGCCAAUGAAGAAGAGUGGCAAGGAUACAAUCUUAGAGGAGGAGUUUAAGGGCAUUGAGGAAGAAGAGGAGGAGAGUCUUCCUGACGCCGAGAGGAUCGACGGCGAUAAAGAUAAAGAGAGUAAAGAAGCCACAUCGGCUUCAGUUGAUGCGGAGGCAAAGCCAGCGGCGACUUCCUCCUCCCCUCCUACCCAUUGUGCCCCUCCAUCCCUGGAGCCCCAGGCCAGCAACCGCGGUCCACCAGCCGACAACGCUCAGCUGAGCAACAGCCACCCUUUAAAAGAUAGUAGCGCACCAAGCGAAGAUAUGGCUCUGGUUGUAGGAUCCAAGACCCAAGCGGGCCCAAACACUGCCUCCUCUUCCGUGCUGCCUCCACCACCCCCAUCUUCUGCUGCUCCCCUCCCGCCUACAUCCGGGGUUGGAGACGCUGAGGACGAUGAGGGCAUGAAACACCUGCAACAGGAGGCAGAGAAGAUGGUGGCGUCGCUGCAGGACACAUCUUUAGAAGAAGAGUGUUUUACGCAGGCUCUGCAGCAGCAGCAGCUGGAGAGCAGGAACACCGCAGCCGCUCUGCCCCUGUCACACGAGGCAGCCAUGAAGUGGUUCUACAAAGACCCGCAGGGAGAGAUUCAGGGUCCGUUUACCACCGUGGAGAUGUGCGAAUGGUUCCAAGCUGGCUACUUUACCAUGACCCUCUUGGUCAAGCGGGGCUGCGACGAGGGCUUCCAACCCCUGGGCGAAGUCAUCAAGAUGUGGGGCCGCGUGCCCUUCGCCCCGGGUCCCUCCCCGCCGCCCCUGCUGGUGAGACAGCCACCACCAACGCAGCGCCCGCAGCCCACCCGGGGGCCCGCCGGGACUGGAAACCUGGAUCAAGAGCGUCUGAAAAAACAGCAGGAGCUGGCGGCGGCAGCUCUUUAUCAGCAGUUGCAGCAGCAACAAUUGUUUCAGCUCAUUAACAGAUGCAGUGAGCAGGGUAUGAUGCCUUCGAUGAACAGGUCGAUGUCAGUGCCAGAUACAGGGUCCAUGUGGGACAUGCAUACCUCAGCUUCACAGCCGUCAGGUGGUGAAGCCAGUCUUUGGGACAUAACAAUGAAUCCUUCUACUCAGGGUCCAACUCUGGAACAGCUUCAAAAGCUCCAGCAGGAGAGGCGAGAUGCUGAACUCAGGGCGAAGCGGGAGGAAGAGGAGCAACGCAAAAGGAGGGAAGAGAAGAGGAGACAACAGGAGGAACAAAAACGAAGGGAGGACGAGGAUCUCUUCAGACGCAAGCAGUGUCGUCAGCAGCAGGAGCUGAUAAUGAAGCUGCUGCAACAGGGUCCCCAGCAGGCAGGCGGCUCCAGCUGGAGCGGGGCUUCUUCCUCCGGGCUCUCUAAAACUGGGAAGCCCCAAAGUCUGACUCUGCUGGAGAUGCAGCAGGAGACGGAAAGGCUCCUGAAGCAGCAGCACCAACAGCAGAGAGCGCAGCAGCAGAGGGAGCGGCACUCGGGCAUGUCAAUGGGAAGUUCGUCCAUGGGAAGCCAGUGGGUGGACAGCGUUGGCAUCUGGGGAGGUCCUGGAGGCAUGGAGGGCAAAAGUGGGAGUAUGGGCAUGUGGGAAGAGGCUGUGAAGAACCAGGGGAGCCUGCGCGGCAACGGCAACAAUAACCUGGGCUUGAAGAACAGUCGCAGCAGCCCUUCACUCAGCGAGCAGUACAUGAUGCGUCGUAAGCGGACGGAUGAGGAGGAGAAGCUGCUAAAGCUCUUGCAGGGCAUGAAGCCUCAAGAUGGCUUCACUACCUGGUGUGAGCAGAUGCUGCACGCCCUCAACACCUCCGCUUGCAACUCCUCUUCUCCGGAUGUUGCUACGAUUGUGGCUUACCUGAAGGAGGUGGAGUCUCCCUAUGCAGUGCUGGACUUCAUCCGGUCCUACCUGGGGGACACCGUGGAAGCCAAAGAGUUCGCCAAACAGUUUCUGGAACGACGUGCCAAACAGAAAGCCAACCAACAGAGACAACAGCAGCAGCUAUCAAAAGAGGUGGCUGGCCUGAACAUGAACUUCCCUCUGCAGGACUCAAUGCGAGGAAUGAAUGCAAGCGCCCUGCAGUCCAUGUUUCAAGCCAACCACAUGGGCAAGGUUGGUCUCUACGACAGCCAAGGAGGGAAGAUGAAAAAAAAACAGCCCGUGAUGCUGCACACUGAUCCCAGCAUCUUAGGCUACUCAUUCCACAGUACGGCCGAGUGUCUGAGCCUGAAUGAGAUGGAGAUGGUGGAGGAUUACUGA